CUGCCUUUCGCCAAAGAAGUAAUUUCUUUGCAGCGUGCAUUUACUUAUCUAAAUCUAGCGCAUGCAUGAUGAUCCUUAUGAACAUGGGAUUUUUUCUAACGAUAGUAUUGGGCCAGAUACUUCAAACAAUAUUUUUUGGGCGAUUACGCGCUGUAGAGAUCGAGCAUUUAUAUGAGAGAUCCUGGUAUGCCGUUACGGAAACAUGCUUGGCCAUGACUAUAUUCCGAGACGAAUUCGACACUCGAUUCGUCAUAACAUUUACAACUUUAUUAUUUCUAAAAAUAUUUCAUUGGUUAUGUCAAGAUCGUGUAGAAUUCAUGGAACAAUCGCCGGCCGUGCCGAUGUCCUUUCACGUUCGAAUUGUCUCUUUAAUGGAGAUUCUAUGUGCUAUUGACAUAUAUCUAGUUUACCAUGCUGUUGAUGUCUCUCUUAAAAAUGGUCCAAACAUGAUGAUUAUGUUUGCGUUUGAAUACUCUAUUCUUGGUGCCACGAUUAUAUCCACAUUAUUUAAAUAUGUCUUGAAUGUUAUUGAUAUGAGACGUGAAGAUCCAUGGGAGAAUAAAUCAAUCUAUGUUUUUUAUCUAGAACUCGUGACUGAUUUCUUCAAAUUGAUUACCUAUCUCAUCUUUUUUGCAAUAAUUCUCGUAAAUUACGGCAUCCCUCUACAUAUUAUUCGUGACGUCUACGUUACACUUCGCUCUUUCCUUCAAAAAUGUGGUGAUCUUGUUCGAUAUCGUCGUGCCACUAGGAAUAUGAACGAACGUUAUCCUAAUGCAACUAAUGAUGAACUUGAGCGAUUAAGUGAUCAUAUCAAUGGCAGACCUCAACCUAGACAAGGGAAUAAUGGACCAGGAGAUGUUCCCAAAAAAUUACCCUGUGGCCAUAUUUUCCAUUUUCAUUGUUUGCGUAGUUGGCUGGAAAGACAACAGAGUUGUCCUACUUGUCGUAGACCUGUUUUGUCUGAACAACAACCUACGCCCACUCAACCACCAGCACGUCCCAUCCCACCUCAACACAAUAAUGGACCACAACCUCCUCAGCCUCAGCCACAGUUGCCUGGAAUUCCUUUUGCGAAUCCACCCGGAUUCUUAACAAAUCCAAUUCCAGGAUUCCCCCCAAUGACAUUUUUUCCGCCUCCCGGAAUGCAUGGACAAUGGCAUAUCCCACCCAAUCCCCUUGCUAAUGUGAAUGAGCGUAAUGUUGAUGGGCAGGCAAAUGCGACGACGAGUCAAAAUGCACAACAAUCAACACAAAGUACAGCCCAAAAUUCACAAAAUAACACACAACUUAACACACCUAAUGUCAUAAAUCCAGGAGAUCGGCCAUUAAAUGAGGAAGAAUCUGCUACAACAUCUGGUGCUCAAACAACAACUAAUUCAGAGCCAAGACAAUCUCCAUCCGUGAUGCCUAGAUGGCCAUGGGAUCCAAAUGUUGCAGCAUCAUUUAGGCAAUUAAAUUCGGCUCAACCACCAUCGAUAGGAUACCAACCUUAU